AUGAAUCUAUCAUUUUGGAAUGUGAGAGGAUUAAAUAGAUCCUCUAAACAGCACUUGGUUAGAAACUAUAUUCUUCAGUAUCAUUUAUCUUAUAUUGCUCUUAUAGAAACAAAAAUAAAAGAAAAAAACAUUCAAGGAAUAGCCAAGAAGCUUGCAGCUAACUGGAGGUGUAUGUCAAAUGUGAGGAAUUCUGGCAAGGCAAGAAUCUUGAUUUUGUGGGAUCCAAACAUUCUUGAUAUCAAUUUGGUUGCUUUCUCAGAUCAACAAAUAACAUGCUCUGUAAAAUCUCUUGAUGGCAGAGUUGAUUGCUUCAUUUCUUCAAUAUAUGGUUUCAACAAUCAACUGGGCAGGAAACACCUCUGGACUGAGCUCAGUCAGCUGUGUUUUUCUAUUGGCAACUCACCAUGGUUACUAUGUGGGGAUUUCAACAGGACUGAGCUCAGUCAGCUGUGUUUUUCUAUUGGCAACUCACCAUGGUUACUAUGUGGGGAUUUCAACACAAUGACAAGCAAUGAAGAGAAAAUUGGGGGUGUCACUCUAUCGGAUGCUGAUACUAAGGACUUUUGUGAAUUCAUUGACAAUAAUCAGUUAGUUCAUCUCAAAAAUACUGGUUGCUUCUUCACUUGGAACAAUAAACAAGAAGCAAAUGCAAGGGUAUGGAGUAGAUUGGAUAGAGCCUUGGUGAAUGACACUUGGAUCAACAGCUUCAACUCAAGUCAUGUGGAAUUCCUAUUGCCUAGCUUUUCAGACCACUCUCCAGCCCUGGUGUCUAUUUUGGAGGAUUGCUUACAGGGAAAAAAGCCUUUCAGGUUUUUCAACAUGUGGACUAAACAUGCUAAUUAUCUAUCAACAGUGGCUACUAUCUGGCAAAUGCAUGUUGAAGGAUAUAAGAUGUUUUCAGUUGUUACAAAGCUUAAAAAUCUGAAAUAUGCUCUGAAGGAUAUCAAUAAAAGACAUUUUCAUAAUAUUAGUGAGCAGGUGCUCAGGGCAAAGCAAAAACUGGAAACUGUUCAGACAAAUCUGCAGCAAGACCAUCUUAAUUCUGCUCUCAUUUCUCUAGAAAAGGAAAGCUUAGCCUCUUAUAACAAGUUAUUGGAUUGUGAAAUGUCAUUCUAUCAGCAAAAAGCAAGAAUUGAAUGGGGGGUUAAAGGAGACAGAUGGUACUGA